AUGGCUGCUAAGAUCUUUGAGAACAUUGGCAAACUUAGUUUGGGCUUAGCAUUUGCUGGUGGAGUGGCCAACUCUAUUCUUUAUAACGUGGACGCAGGUCACCGGGCGGUCAUCUUUGACCGAUAUCUGGGUGUUCAGGAUAAGGUGGUAGGAGAAGGGACUCAUUUUCUCAUCCCAUGGCUGCAGAAGCCCAUAAUUUUUGACUGCCGUUCUCGCCCUCACAAUAUCCCUGUCACCACGGGGAGCAAAGAUCUCCAGAACGUGAAUCUUACUCUCAGGAUCUUGUUCCGGCCAGUAAUAAUGCAGCUCCCUCGGAUUUACACGACGAUCGGUGAAGACUAUGAUGACCGAGUGUUACCGUCCAUCACGACGGAGGUGCUCAAAUCAGUGGUGGCUCGCUUUGAUGCCGAGGAACUGAUCACACAGAGAGAGUUGGUCUCCAGGCAGGUGAACGAAGACCUGUCGGAACGGGCGGCUAGCUUCGGCAUCGCCCUGGAUGACGUUUCCUUGACUCACCUGACGUUCAGCAAGGACUUCUUGGAUGCCGUAGAAAUGAAGCAAGUGGCGCAGCAGGAAGCAGAAAAGGCGAGGUUCUUUGUGGAAAAGGCAGAGUACCAGAAGAAGGCCGCUAUCAUCAUGGCCGAAGGAGACUCGAAAGCGGCAGAGCUGAUUGCCAACUCCCUGGCUUCCGCAGGGGAAGGCCUUGUGGAACUGCGCAAACUCGAGGCAGCUGAGGACAUAGCGAAACAGCUGGCCCAGUCCCGCAAUGUUACCUACGUGCCAUCAUCUCUCUUCCCAUUACCUCGAUGA